UUCAUUACAGAUACAAAGUCGUGAAAUACGCUCAUUCAUUUCAUUGCAUUGUUGUGUGAUCAGUGAGAAGUGCGGGCGCUGUUAAUUCGUCAACGGAUUAACUUCGUUAAAGUUUUUAGUACUAACGAAGUGAACUUUUUAAACAUGAGAGGUCGAUAGUAGACGGAUAGUCUUCAUUAUUCCGUUAAAGUAAAGUGAUAAUUUAUGUUAUUGUACGGGAUGCGGCGGCGACUGUGUUAGUGACAAAAAUAACAUUGUAUUGGCGAUGUCCCUUAUCAGUAACUGUACAGUGGGCGAGAAAAAGCAAUGCCGGACUAUGCAUUAUUUUCAAGACAGACCAAAUAAUCACAUUAUAACUUUUUGGCUACUUUAAGUAAACUAAAUUUGAAAUUGGAUAUUGCCGCCUUUUUUUAUAUACUCAAUAUAAAUUGGAAAAAUUGAAAUUUUUCCUGUUACAUUAAAGGCAUGCCAUCAAAAGAGAAAAUUAAGACCCCUCAACAACUAUGGGAGAAUGUUUCAUCAAGAUUUGUCCACUUUGUGGAACAAAUAUUUUUCAUCCUCGGAGUGCACAUUGGAAGACAUCCAGUGCGGACUAUCGUAUUAAGUUGGACCUUUGUGAUACUAAGUGGAGUUGGGUUGAUGAAGUUCCAUAUAGAAAAGAACCCUAUGAAAUUGUGGGUUCCAACUGAAUCUGAUUUUUACCGUGACACAUAUUGGUACGUCAACCAGUUUGGAACUGCCUUCCGCUUGCAGAGGGUGCUGGUGGAAGCCGAUGAUGUCCUGCAGCCUGAUGUACUACAAGCCAUAUACAACAUCACAGAACAAGUAAAUACUCUCCGAAUUACAUAUAAUCACACUGAUUACUCCAUUAAUGAACUGUGCUAUAAGGUCCCAGCCAUUACAAACUUUUUUAAUUUCAACACAAAAUCUGUGAAACAAGUGAAUGAUAAUUCUAGCUUAUCAAAAGACAAAAACAAUAGUGAUAGUGAAUUUACAGAUCCAACAUCUUGGAUCGGUGAAGAUUUUUACUGUGGAUUUAUUGAAAACUUUCCGGUGACUUGUCUGCAGCACAAUAUUGUGGACUUGUUUCAGAAUGACUUAGAUUUAAUUAAAGGUGCAAGUAAACAUGACAUUGUUAGUAAAGUAAAUAGUGUUAAGACUAACCCGGUUUCGGGUCAUGAUUUUGAUUAUACAGAGUUGUUGGGUGGUGUGAGUCGUGAUGGAAGCGGAGACAUUGUUGCAGCCAAGUCUAUAAUACUGACUUGGUAUACAGAAGUCAAUAUGUCUGCAGUUGACUUGAAUGAAGUGGGUAAUUUGGUAGGGACUGAAGACUGGGUUACAGUGCCUCUUGGUUUGUGGGAACAGAAAUAUGUCGAUUUAAUGGUCACAUUAUCAAAUGAUCUGAGCAACAUUACACUGUAUUAUGAAGCUGGGCGAAGUUUUGCUGACGUAAGUGGAGAUGCAAUAAUACAAGAACUUGGUAAACUGUUCAUUGGUAUUCUUUUAAUGUUUAUGUAUAUACAGUUUGGACUUUCUAGAUUUAACUGGUUAGAGGUACGGUUGACUUUAGGCAGCGUAGGUUUACUGUGUGUAGGUAUGGCAUAUAUCUCGGCCGUUGGUUGGUGUUCCGUCAUUGGUAUCUCAUUUGGUCCCGUCCAUUCGUCUCUUCCAUUUCUCCUAAUGGGUUUAGGUGUGGACGACAUGUUUGUAAUGCAAGCCUGUUGGGAAAAUUUAUCUGAAGCUGACUCGCGAAAGAGCAUCCCUUAUAAAGUGGGGCUGAUGCUGAAACACGCAGGCGUGUCCAUCGUCAUCACUUCCUUCACUGAUAUUGUCGCCCUACUGAUUGGCGCCAUUACAAUUUUACCAUCGUUAAAAUCUUUCUGUAUAUACGCGGCGUUUGGGGUGUUUUUCAUUUUUUGUUACUCUGUUACUUUCUACGUAGCUGUGUUUACCCUGGAUAUAAAAAGAAUAGAAGCGAACAGAAAUGGUAUCCUAUUUUGUUAUCGCCACAAAUCUCCAGUUUCGCUGUCUAAGGAUAAGACUACUAUGCAAAAAUUAUUUGCAAAAUUUUAUAAAAACGUAGUUUUGACUACACCUGGUAAAAUAAUAGUCAUUAUAUUUACAUUGGCUGUAACAGGGUUUAGCAUAGAAGCGAUACUUAAGUUGGAACAGAGGUUUGAUCCCAAAUGGUUUAUUCCCGAAUAUUCUGACUACAAACAGUACCUGAACGCUCACAACUACUAUUACCCGGAAGAAGGACAUACGGCAAUGGUUUUCCUCGGAGAAAUGGAUUACCGCCAAGAACUGUCGCAUUUGCAUGAUUUAACGAAAUCUUUGGAAAAUAAGUCGUAUGUUAAGGAUGUUGUUACUUGGCUCCAUCCUUUUCACGGAUAUGUGCAAAGUAACUUCCAUUUAGAUGUGUACAACUCCACCGCCGUUUCAGAGGAACAGUUCAACUUGUAUUUAUCAAAGUUCUUAUUUAGUCCAAUCGGUGGAAGAUACCAAAUGAAUUUAAAGUUUUCAAAACCAUUUAAGUGUGGUCAAUCGGCAACCACGAUAAAGGCAUCUCAUCUAUCAUUUAAAUUUACAAAAUUCAACGGACCGGACGAAUACAUACCGGCAAUGAAUCAAGUAAAGGAUUUAGUUCAGAAUGCGUCCAUAUCUUCCGGUGACGGAUAUCGCAGCGUAUGGUCUAAAGUCUUCGCCAAUUGGGUCACAGAUGAAAUCAUAGCUGUCGAAGUCGAGAGGAACGUAGAGUUGGCUCUGCUGUGCGUCAUGGUUUGUACGGCAGUCUUGAUAACAAAUCUGCAGAUGUGUUUUUGGAUAUUCAUGUGUGUUCUAUUAACGAUAGUAAAUGUUUUAGGUUUUAUGCAAAGAUGGGGUAUGACUGUGGACAUAGUUUGCUGUAUCGGACUCGAGCUUGCAAUAGGUUUGUGCGUGGACUAUGCAGCGCACGUCGGACACACGUUCCUCACGAUUCCUGACGGCUCUCGCUCCGAUAGGGCUUUCAAAACAAUCACGGCAAUAGGCGGUGCGGUGCUGUUAGGUGGAGGAGCGACCUUACUCUCCUUGUCUCUUCUAAGUAUGUCUCAAGCUUACACUUUCCAGACAUUUGCCAAAAUUUUCCUUCUCGUCAUAAUUUUCGGCUUAUUCAACGGGUUAGUGUUUCUGCCAGUGGUGCUGUCGUUAAUGGGACCGGCAGGCCAUAAAUCAAAUGUAAAAGAGCCUGAAGAGGUAGAAAUGAACGGAAAACAACAUGCUCUAGAAACAGAAUGAAGAAUACAUAAUUGAUAUCGCGGAAACCGGCAAUUUUCAAGACAAUGCCUAUAAAUUGAUUUGUAAGAGCUGGCGUGACUGGAAGUGUUGAUAGAUUAGUAAUUUAGUACAAAUCUUGUGCCAGCUCUCAUGAAUCGUCUUGCAGCUCUUCCGAUCUUCAGUAUGGCAACAUGGCAACCACGUGCUCAGAAUGUGUGAUAGUAAAUACGAUGAUAGAGACAGAUUAGAUUAUGAUUAUUAAUUAAAUGUAUGAUCCACAACAAUGUAAAUAACAACUAAUGAUGAUAUUUGUUGUUCACUAGUCACGUUAUUCUUACGGCAAAUUUAUUAUAUUUUGCGAAUUAUUCUGUUUAAUCACCUUAAGAUAUGUGAAUGUAGCAGUGGCAGCGCGUCAAACAUAUCCAUGGCAAGCCGGGGCUAAUUUGACAUACAUAUUUCCUUUACAACUCCGCUCAAAUGUCCAAAAAUAGGCAAGCCGGUGGGAAUCGGCUUUUAUGGACGCGCCGCCACUGGAAUGUAGCCACUUGAAUGUUUUCCACUUAUAAAUUCUCCUUUGUUUGUCAUGUCCUUGCCAUAGGGUUAUGUUAUCUCAGUAAGCAAUUUAUUUAUUGAUUUGUACACUGUUACAAUAAUUAAUAACUGUACAUCGGUGGACCUUAUUACAAAAGGCAUAAGGUCCACCGAUAUAUAGUUAACAGUGUGGGCGAUGCUACGUACCUAUGUUAUCAGCGGGAUGGAUGUACGCAUCUAGGGCAAAGUGUAAAAGUUAUUUUUUUAUCUUUAUAUAAAGAAGUAAGUAGGUACCUACCUAAUAGUACUAGGAGUCGCGUAACUAUACUUCGUUUUUACAAGCUUUUAUUUAACUUGACAUGUUCGUAUGUAACUAACUUUUUUUUCGAAUCUUGCCAUCCAUUUUUCAACCACUUUCUGAUAUCCGAUGAAAUGAAGCUGAAAAUUUGCAUCUUAGAUUAAUCGCUACGAUUUAUAGAUAACGUGUGUAGCCGGGGUAAAAGAUCGUAUAUUAUUUAAAAUUAUUACAAUACAUAUAAUUUUACAGUACAUCUGGUGUUCCAUUAUGACGCCGGUGCGAUAAUAAGCACACUACGUAACCACGUCGAAAAGUUAAAGGGCCAUAUGUACUGUAAAUAGUGUAAAUACUCUAAUACUAUAAAACGUUGUACGAUACACGUGCGAAUAGGUAAUUCGCAACUCAUGUUUUUAGGGUUCCGUACCCAAAGGGUAAAACGGGACCCUAUUACUAAGACUUCGCUGUCCGUCCGUCCGUCCGUCCGUCCGUCCGUCCGUCUGUCACCAGGCUGUAUCUCACGAACCGUGAUAGCUAGACAGUUGAAAUUUUCACAGAUGAUGUAUUUCUGUUGCCGCUAUAACAACAAAUACUAAAAACAGAAUAAAAUUAAGAUUUAAAUGGGAUUCCCAUACAACAAACUAGGCAAACGUGAUAUUUGACCAAAGUUAAGCAACGUCGGGAGGGGUCAGUACUUGGAUGGGUGACCGUUUGUUUUUGCUUUUUUUUGUUUUUGUUUUUUUUUCAUUAUGGUACGGAACCCUUCGUGCGCGAGUCCGACUCGCACCUGCCCGGUUUUUUUUGCAAUUCGCAACUCGACUUUUUCGCACUUGUUUCGUAAAUAACUAUGCUGUGACUUAUUUUUAACUGACUGUGACUUUUUUUUAAAGUUUACAGUUCAAGAUCGAUUGCUUACCUUCUUUCUAAUGCUAAAAUUAACGAAGUAUAGCGUAGCUGUACCUCGCAUAUUUUUAUAUUUAGCAUUAUCUAACUGUCUGUACUCAUUUUGUGUUAAAAACGAUGAAUAACAUUGUAUCUCAUUAAU